CCGCGUCCAAAUGGUGUGCCCAUCAAUUCCACAGGCGCUGGGGCAGAUCCCGCCUCUAAUGUCACUCUUCGUGCCUUGGUCUCCACCAAAGAAGCCGGUGUUAUCAUCGGCAAGGGCGGAAAGACUGUUGCCGAGAUCAGGGAACAGACCGGCACUAAGGCUGGGGUCUCGAAAGCUGUUCAAGGCGUGCAUGAUCGAAUCUUCAGUGUCAGUGGUGGCUUGGAAGGUGUUAGCAAAGCCUAUGCUAUCGUAGCCGAAGCUAUCCUACAGAAUCCCCUAGCCGCAACCGAUCCCGCCCUCACCGUCCCACCACCCACCGCUACCACCACUAUCAUCCGAGUCCUGGUCUCUCAUAACCUCAUGGGCUCGAUCAUCGGUCGACAGGGGUCGAAAAUUAAAGAAAUCCAGGACACAUCAGGUGUCAGGAUGGUUGCCUCCAAGGAAAUGCUUCCCCAGUCCACCGAGCGAGUCGUCGAGGUCCAAGGCGCCCCUGAUGCUAUCCGCGUGGCCAUUCAUGAGAUCGGUAAAUGUCUGAUGGACGAUUGGGAACGCGCUCAUGGUACUGUCCUCUACCAACCUGGCGCCCUUGGUGCCGAAGGUCCCUCGGCCGCCUAUCCAGGCGGUGUCCUCGCCGGUGGCUUUGGUGGCGCAAACCAGGGCUUCAGUAACGGCCGUCGUAGCAGUGCCCCUCUGGGUAAUGCUAACGGAAACCCUUUGUCUGGGGGUGCUCGUCGGGCCUCGAACUACAAUUCCACCAAUAUAGAAAACCCGCCCCACCGCUCCAGAGAAGGCUCACUUGGCGCCAGUUUACCCCCAGCUUCAACCGAUCAAGUCUUACGUACCCAAAACAUCUCCAUUCCAUCUGACAUGGUCGGGUGCAUUAUCGGUAAAGGUGGUGCCAAGAUCAAUGAAAUCCGGCGACUGUCGGGCUCUAAAAUCAGUAUUGCCAAGACACCUCACGAUGAAUCUGGAGAACGCAUGUUUACUAUCAUCGGCUCACCCGAAGCCAACGAGAAGGCCUUGUUCCUCCUAUACAACCAACUCGAGAGCGAGAAGGAGAGGCGCGUGAACACUGUGCAAGAAGAAGAGGCUCAAUGA